CCGGAAGCGGAAGUGCGGCCAUCUCCUCAGCACAAGCUACAGAGGGUCAGUGACAACUUCAUUUGGAUAUUUUUAGAGAUCUGUUUAUCCGUUUUGGGGACUCGAUGUUGCCACAGGAAGAAGUGGGCACCGUGAGCAGGCGACCAGUCCAUAAAUGAGUGCUUUAAAAGGAACUGAGAGACAUCGAGAGCACACAACCUUCUUCUGCUCAGUCGUUGUGUAACAGAUUGCAAAAAGAUUCCUCGGUCAGACGGUUGCCAUGUCGACCUCAUCGCUACGGCGACAAGUAAAGAACAUCGUCCACAACUAUUCAGAGGCAGAAAUCAAGGUUCGAGAGGCCACGUCCAACGACCCAUGGGGCCCGAGCAGCUCUUUGAUGUCAGAGAUUGCAGAUCUGACGUACAAUGUAGUGGCCUUCUCUGAGAUCAUGAGUAUGGUGUGGAAGAGGCUCAAUGACCACGGCAAGAACUGGAGACACGUGUACAAGGCGAUGACCCUCAUGGAGUACCUCAUCAAGACGGGUUCAGAACGUGUCGCACAACAGUGUCGAGAAAACAUCUACGCAGUGCAGACCCUCAAAGACUUUCAGUACAUAGACAGAGACGGCAAAGACCAGGGGGUUAACGUGAGAGAAAAGGCUAAACAGCUAGUGACACUUUUGAAAGACGAAGAGCGACUAAGAGAAGAGCGAAUCCAUGCCCUCAAAACCAAAGAAAAGAUGGCACAGACCUCGAGUGCCUCCUCAGCUCCAUCAGCGCCCGGUGUAGGGGGCAGUUUGUCGUUGGGGUCCCAUUCUGGAGGGGCAGAUCCGGAGCAGGCCUGGCCCCAAAGCUCUGGAGAGGAGGAUCUACAGCUGCAGUUGGCUUUGGCCAUGAGUAAAGAAGAGGCAGAACAGACCAGCGCGGAUCCUCUGGAGGACGCAGACCUCCGAUAUGCAAUCUCCCUCAGCCAAGAGAUGCACCAGCAGGAGGAGCGUCUGCGCAGAGGGGAUGACCUGAGGCUGCAGAUGGCCAUAGAGGAGAGCAAGAGGGAAAAGCCCAAGAGUGAAGAGAGUGCGCUGAUGGAGCUGAGUGCUGUGGACCCAUGGGGUGCCGCUGCUGCUGCUCCUCCUGUGGGCUCUGCCGGACCCUCCCCUCCUCCCUCUCUCUGCCCGCCGGCCGCCUCCAACCCCUGGGGUGCACCUGCUCCAGACCCUUGGGCCGUGGCCUCUCCCACCUCUCCCACAAACGCAGACCCAUGGGGCGGAGGACCCCCCACUGUAGCGCCCCCUCCUGACCCCUGGGGAGAGGCGUCCAACAGAGUGAACAAUGUGGACCCCUGGGGAGGCUCCGCUGUGACUACCCCCAGUGCUGACCCAUGGGGCCCCUCGGUGCCACCCAGCACCUCCUCCUCCGGGGGGCCCGUAGACCCCUGGGCAAGAGACGGGCCUGUCCCUGCCUCUGACCCUGUGACCUCUGACCUCUGGAGUGGCACUGCCCAACACACUAAUGGCACAGGUGACCCUGAGCGGCGGGGGUCGUCAGCAGCUGCCUGUGACAGCACAGGUUCACCAGUGCCAUUCGACCUCUCAUCUCUGGGAUCUUCACUUCCUGUUCGGAAAACUCCGGAGUCGUUUUUGGGGCCUAACGCUGCUCUGGUGGAUCUAGAUUCACUUGUGUCAUCUAAACCCAAACCUAAACAGCCGCCGCCUCCUUCCAUCUCCUCUUCCUCAGCACACAACCCCUUCCUUCAGAACACAGGCUCCUCUCCAGCUCCUGGGAUGGCCGUCACUCCGGGCAGUACCAUCUCCAGUCGGGGGGUGUCUCCUACGCCUGCCUCCUCAAACCCUUUUGGCGUGGCCCCGUCGAUGACCUCCAUCUCCCCACAGCCCUCCACCAUCGGCCUGAGCGCGCUCCGUACCAGCCCUGUGCCUCCUAACCCCAUGCUGGGCAUGGUGCAGCCCGGCCUAGGCAUGGGGCCCAUGGGGAUGGGUGCUCCGGGCAUGGGCCUGGGCAUGGUGCAGGCCAGCCCUCUGGGGAUGCCUUACAGCGGCCUGUCUCCGAUGGCGCCCCCCGGCUCGGGUCUGCUCGGCCCUGGAGCGGCGCCACAGCUGAUUUUGGGAGGGCCCACGGCCGGGGGAGUGAUGGGGGGAGGAGGGGCGGUGGGGGGUGGAGGAACAGCAGGAGCCAGCACCAACCCUUUUCUUCUUUGAGGCUGUGUCACUACUUUCACCUGAACCUCUUCUGUCACACCUGCUGCCCCCUAGUGUCCCUAUCACACAAUGUGUCCAAAAAAUUUCAACAUUUUGUCAUUUCAGUUUUCUUUUAAAAGCAUUUGAUUUCAAGACAAAUUUAUUUUGUUCCUUUCAUUUCACAAUUUCUUAUUUUUCACUGAGAAAUAAUAUUUAUUUAGUUUUAAUUCAUUUCUGUAUAAUUCAUUUUUUCAGUUCAGUACGUUAUGAAGGCAAGCCUGUAAGAGCGAAGGAUAUCAGCAGAUUGUAUCUGUUAUUUCUGCACUUAGGGACCUGAGGAAGAGGACAAAGCCACUAACAAACUGAACACAAACUGUUGCACUUACUCUUCCUCUGGAGUCAGACGAGCACUGAUCCCAGUGCAGACCAGACGGAUACUACAGACUGAAUAUAUUAUAGGCAUAACAUGGUCACACGGUUUCAUAAAAUCCACUUUUAAUUUAAUGUUAAAUGUAAUUUAUUUUCCAUUUUGGGGACAAAUGAACAAGAAGAAAAUCUAACAAGUGAUGCCAUUCAAAUCAAAUGCUUUUGUGUCCUGAUUACUGUAUAAACUAAAGAAAGCCCUAAAAUCUGUGGUCUGAUUCUGAAGACGAAAUGAGGAUUCUGAAUGUGUGCUUUGAAUGAAUGGAAAAAAGAAUGCUCAUUUGUUAGUGUGUAAGUAUGCUCUGUGCUACGGCCUGUUUCUGUGUAUAUGUAUCAAUAUCUGUCUUCAUUUUGUGUCUGAUUUCAGCAGUGGAGAGGAGAAAACAUUAUUUCAAAUGUCACUUGUAUUGAAAUGAGAUUUAUUAUGGGGUAUUAUAAGGGUCACACAUUUCUCUGCCAAUCGUCCAUUUUCUUUUAUCAAAAUCAUUGGUUUAGUCUCAUUUCAUUUGGGCUCCAGACAUCUCCACUGUCCUUGUGUUUCAUCUCCUGUACCAGGAAGAGCCAAUGAAGCUCCUUAAGAUUAUUCAGUGAAUGGAAGAAAAAGAAACAGGGACUUAACAUGCUUCAUGUUCUUUUAAUUUAGACAAAUUUGUUAUUUUAUAUCAACAUGAAAAUCUUUUAUUGAGUAAGGUUGAAUUUUUUGUGGUGUUGACUGUGAACAUUCACAUUUAAAAAAACGUAAAAUGGAAAAAAAAAAUCUAAAGAAAUUUAUGAAAUAAAAAACACAAGAUA